CCUCUUUUCAUCAGUUGAUUCUCUGCUUCCAUCCACCCUCCCCCCUUGCCGUGCUUGAAUGCCGGUGGCUUUUCCUAUUCUUACCAUCCGGGACACGCGGCCACCCACCCAUGGUGGUCUUAGCAGAUCCCUCCUCGCUAUCCUUCCAUACACACUAUCCUUAGACUAACGGCACAGAUACCAAUCGACCAACAUGUUAGGCGAUGCCGAAAUCCACGCCCUCGAUGGCAAUCUGGGCUUGAUAAUCCAACAGAACCAGCAGCACCAUACCGAUUUGCAGAACCUCCUAGACAAGUUCCGUCAGCUCCUAGACAGCUACAACAACCUCAAAAGUGACUAUGAGGAGGAGAAGGAAGCGAGGGAAAAAUACAAGCGGAUGGCGAGGGGGCAGGAGCGUAAUCCGUUUGUCUUAGUGUUGGUGGAUGGGGAUGGCUAUCUGUUCAAAGAACACCUCGUAAAAGCCGGAAGCGAGGGUGGCAUUACAGCUGCUCGAUUGCUCCACGAUUCGAUUCGAGAACUCAUCCAUGAUCGUUUAGGCAGCCAGGCCGAUCAAUGCCGGAUCAUGGUCCGUAUCUAUGCCAACGUGCUGGGUCUUUCCAAAUCGCUGGCGCGCUCGGGAUUUGUGGGACAUGAAGCCCGCUCUCUGGCGCCCUUUGCGGCCAGCUUUACUCGGGCUCAGGACCUAUUUGACUUUGUGGACGCUGGCGAUAAGAAAGAGGGCGCCGACUAUAAAAUUAGAGAAAUGUUUCGCCUAUUUGCCGAUAAUAACCAGUGCAAGCAUAUCUUCUUCGCUGGCUGCCAUGACUCUGGCUAUUCCAACCUCUUGACGCCUUAUCGUGGCCGGACCGACCGUAUUACCCUUUUAAAAGCCGCCGGUUUCCAUAGCGAAUAUGAAAGACUGGACUUGCCGGUGCGGGAGCUCCCUUCGGUCUUCAUGUCUACCCCCCUAGGCGCAAAUGGGAGCAUGGUGCCGAACCAUACGCCUUCCGUGUCCAACGGAUCCAGACAGAUCUGCAAACACUUUCAAAAGGGCACUUGCCGGUACGGCAACGCUUGCAUUAAGGUCCACAUACCGCAAGGACAACAAAUCUCUAAAGCGGACGAUCAUCCUCCGUCUCCACCCGGGAGAGAAUCUCCCACUCCGACGAGGAACCAAGAAUACUAUGCCUCGAACCUUGUCCCCAAUAUUAAUCCAGUAUGGCACGACUGUAUUCCCACUAACUCGGUCGGCGAUCGCAUUGACACAUACUGCCCGAUGCCAUCGCACGACGCCUGGGAUACGUAUACCCGCCGGGCCAAGAUCCAUAAGCCCUGCAACAAGUACCAUCUAGGGGGCGACUGCGGCAAUGUGAGCUGUGAAUAUGACCACACCCGCCUCGACCCCAGCUCACUCGAUGUGAUGAAAUACAUUCUUCGACAACACCCGUGCCAGACGGGCCCGUCUUGCCGGUCUCUGAAGUGCUACCUGGGCCAUCUCUGUCAGAAAGACGGAUGCCGGGGCACAAAGCCGUGCAAGUUUAACCGCUAUGCGCAUACGCUUGACUUGCAUAUUGCAGGUUACAUCCCACCUUUUGAAAGAAGGGACACCGGUCCGUCUCCGCCCAGCGAGAGCUCCGGGGAGGCGUACUCGGCCGAUUCGAACGAUGAUGUCCCGACCCUGUUAAAAACCUAUGAAUUUUGAACAGCUAUACGGUCCAGUAGGACUGUGCCCAUGAGGACUGCACGUACUAUUAACUGUCUUCUACCAGACAGACACGGUAGGUUCUAUGGUCUAGAUAGUGAUAAGUGGAUACUGGUGGGAUAGUGAAAUGGACGAAGGAACCAGCUUGUUGGGAUUUCGGAUAUUGCAUAGGGUUAAGGCUACUUAACCUACUCUCGAGGUAUUGACGAGAAUGAAAAUUGGCAUUUUGUAUAAGAACCUGGC